AUGUCAACCACCAUAAAUUCGACCCCACUCUCUUUAAUUACCCGGCCAUGGACAUGAAAGGAAUAGUUAGCGAACAAACCCAACAAUCUUACAAUCCUAAAAGAAAACGGAAAGCAAAAUAAACAAACAAUUCAAGAAGAGAAAGAUUAUGGGUAUCGUGGAAGAGGCUCACAACGUGAGAAUAGUAGGGAAGGGGAAUGAAAUCGUGAUUCUUGCUCAUGGGUUCGGCACGGACCAAUCGGUGUGGAAGCACCUUGUACCGCAUCUGGUCGAUGAUUACCAAGUGAUCUUGUACGACAACAUGGGUGCUGGUACCACGAACCCAGACUACUUCGACUUCGAACGUUACUACACGAUCGAUGGUUUUGUCUAUGACCUACUCGCCAUCUUGCAAGAGCUUCAGGUGCAAUCUUGUAUCUUCGUUGGCCACUCUCUUUCUGCUAUGGUGGGCCUCCUCGCUUCCAUCUCUCACCCUCAUCUCUUCACUAAACUCAUCCUUGUCUCUGCCUCUCCAAGGUUUCUGAAUGAUUCAGAAUACUUUGGAGGGUUCCAGCAAGAAGAUCUGACCCAACUCUACGAUGGAAUCCGGUCGAAUUACAAAGCAUGGUGUUCGGGGUUCGCUCCGCUGGUGAUCGGCGGCGACAUGGACUCGGUGGCGGUGCAGGAGUUCAGCCGAACGCUCUUCAACAUGCGGCCAGACAUAGCCUUGAGUUUGGCGCAGACCAUAUUCCAGUUCGACAUGAGGCCAAUCCUAUGCCACGUCACGGUGCCGUGCCACAUCAUUCAGAGCACCAAGGACCUGGCUGCGCCGGUUGUGGUGGCGGAGUAUCUGCAGCAGAAUUUGGGAGGGAAGACCAUCGUGGAGGUCAUGCCCACCGAGGGCCACUUGCCGCAGCUGAGCUCGCCGGAUAUUGUGGUUCCGGUUUUGCUCAACCACAUCCGACACAAUUUGGCAGAGGACAAAUAAUUGAUAAUAAUACAUCAAUCAUUCUGCAUUUUAAACACUUUAUUAAUAUUUUUUACUUUUUUCUAUUUUUACGUAUUCUUAUAUUUUUAUUUUCUGUAUGUUGAAUAGCACGUUAAGUUUAUCGAACAUUUUCCAAAAAUGAAUGAGCCACGACAGGGUCUUAUGUAGUA